CGCCUGUGGAAGGUAUCGUUAGUUUUGCCACAAGUGCUACCGUAUCACAUUUGUGUGAAAAUGGAACCCAACAACGAUAGCGGCUUUCUAGAGGAGUUGGAAAUUUGGCUGAAUCUGGCAAAGGACGAGCCAGAGUUAAUGGAAAACAACGAACCGGAUGGUGUUGUAGAGAACGAAAAUGCGGCGAGAAAAAUGUUGGACAUUGUUAUGCUGCAGGAAGAAAUACCUAAAGCAUUUGCGAAAAGAUAUGUUCAGUUGGACAUCUGCGAAAGCUUCAUGCACAAACUGCUUGCCGAUCAGUUAGAAACGAGCUUCGAGAGCACCAAAAUCGGUUACGCAUUGCACGAGCUGGAACUCAUCGUUGAAAAGGUCUGCAUGGCAAACUUAGCUGCGUGCGAUGCGUUAAAGCAAGCACUUGAAUCGGAAUUGGAAACAGUCAAACUCGGGGAGUGA